AUGAAAGCCCUCGUAUAUUCCCAAGUCGGCCGAGUCGAAGUCCAAGAUCGACCCAAACCGACCAUUAAGGCGUCUACCGACGCAAUUGUCAAGCUAACGUAUACCACCAUUUGCGGAACCGACCUGCAUAUUCAGAAAGGAGAUGUGGCUAGCGUGCCCCUCGGUCGCGUGCUUGGACACGAGGGUGUCGGCAUUAUCGAGGAUGUCGGAAGCACCGUCUCCCAAUUUAAGAAGGGCGAUGUCGUGAUUAUCUCGUGUAUUUCCUCGUGCGGCACGUGCGAGUAUUGCCGCCGGGGCAUGCCGUCGCACUGCACUACUGGCGGUUGGGUUUUGGGGAACGAGAUUGACGGGACGCACGCCGAGUAUGUGCGCAUUCCACACGCAGAUUCGAGUUUAUACCAUGUCCCGCGCGACACCAAGGACCCCUCGUCGCUUGUCACCAUCAGCGACACGUAUCCCACGGCCUUCGAGUGCGGCACCCUCAAUGGAAAGAUUAAACCUGGAUCAACUGUGGCCGUUGUCGGUUCUGGGCCAAUUGGCCUUGGAGUGGUCGUCACGGCCAAGUUCUACUCUCCUGCGAAAAUCAUCGCCAUCGACAUGGACGCCAACAGGUUGAAUAUCGCCUCGAGCAUGGGAGCUGACGCUGUCAUUAACGGCACUACCACAGACGUAACCACUGCCGUCAUGGAGCUAACUGGAGGCAAGGGCUGCGACACUGUUGUUGAGGCUGUCGGCGUUCCUGCAACGUUCGAGCUUUGCCAGAAAAUUUUGGCGCCUGGUGGUGUCCUCGCGAACAUUGGCGUCCAUGGGGCGAACGCGACUCUGUUCUUGGAUGAAUUGUGGUCAAAGAACAUCACCAUCACCACUCAGCUAGUCGAUGCAGUGACGACCUCGACUUUGAUAAAAAUGGUCGAAGCUAACAAACUUCACCCGGGCCGGAUGAUUACUCACAAGUUUAAGUUUGGUGAGAUUGAAAAUGCGUAUAAAACGUUCGGUGCGGCAGCGCAGCAUAAUGCUCUGAAGAUUUUGAUUGAAAUGUAA